AACCGUCUAUACUAAUGAUUUUUUGGCAUAAAAAGAAAAAUCUUUAAUUUUGACCUAUACAGGGUGUUUUUGGCUAUUGCUACAAAUAUACCCCGGCGACGUAAGACUGGUUUUGUGGUCCAGGGUCACAUUUGUCCCUUUUGCUUUCCGUACAUCCAGUUGUUUUAGUGUAUGCAUGCUGCAGUGUUGCCAAAUCCACAGUCUUUUUCCCGCGGAAUUGGGCUACUUUGGGCCAGUGUUUGAUGAACAAUUUGGUCGGGUUUAUUACGCAGACCUGGCAACCCGCUAAGCAGACACGCUUGGUCGUGGGGGAACAGGAAUUCCAGAGGGGACCGGAAUCGACUGCUACACCGGCGUUUUCAAGGUCGAAAACGGAGACGUUUGGAAUCGCUUCAGACCCAGUUUUAGUUCGAAAGCUCCGAGGGUGCGGUUCAGUGUAAACGGUCCAAAACGGAGACUUUUGAAAACGAUGGCGUUGCUGCCUACAUUCUCACUGCGUAUCCUUGACGACCGUGUAAACAAUAACAUCAUGCUCGUUAUUGUUCGCAUAGAUAUGUAUGGAUAGAUCCCCAUUCGACCGCUCCAAGCACGCAGACGCGUCCGCCAUCUAAAUAAAUCAUCCGCGGCUGUGCGGCACUUGUUUGCAUAUGAGAUAUAUGAGCUAAAGUGUUUUUAGGAGUCUGACUUGCAGACGCCAGACCACUGAUUCGUGAAACGUGCUUUCCUGCAGUCUGCGUUCUUCUGACUAUUUUGUAAUCCUGUUUUCACCUCAUUUAUUAUGCUGAUGACUUCAGGUCUGUUAAUUGCCACAUUAAGCUCAUUUUAUUGGUGGAAUCACGAUCAGCAAUUGUGACAUUAUAGAUCUGCUCCUCCUUCAGUGAAGCUCCUCCCACAACAAUCACACCUUCAGUGAAGCUCCUCCCACUGCAGUUCAGCAAUAAAUGCUGGAAUAUUCCCAUCAGUCUACAAGUGAAGACGAGCAUCAGAGCAUCAGGAAGAAGUGAAAUCUGCAGAGACAGAGUUUAUUGAAGGACAGAGAGAACAUGAGAGAUCCAGAACCCUGCAGAAUGAAACACACUGAAGAACAAACAGAUCUGAAAGAGAAGAAACAUGUCAAAACUGGAGGAAAAACUCGCUCUCAGACUGAAAGUGUUUCUUUACUGAAAAGAAGAGAAAAGAAUUGGUUCACCUGCACUCAGUGUGGAAAGCGUUUCACACACAAACAGAGUCUUGAGGUUCACAUGAGGAUCCACAAUGAGGAGAAACCGUUCACAUGUGAUCAGUGCGGGAAGAGUUUCAGACAACAAGGACACCUUCAGAGACACAUGAACAUCCACACUCGAGAGAAACUGCGUCAAUGUGAUCAAUGCGGAAAAACAUUUUUGAGGAAUUCAGACCUGAAGGAUCAUCUGAACGUUCAUACCAAGGAGAAACCACAUUCAUGUUCUUUCUGUGGAAAGAGUUUUACACAUCCGCAGGGUUUAAAAGUUCAUCAGAAGAUACACACUGGUGUGAGAGAUUAUAUGUGCUUUGAGUGUGAAAAGACUUUUAUUACAGCUAAAGAUUUGAUACGGCACCAGAGGAUCCACACUGGAGAGAAACCUUACAAGUGUUCACACUGUGACAAGAGAUUCAAUCGGUCAGAACAUCUGAAAUCACAUGAGAGGAUCCACACUGGAGAGAAACCUUACAAGUGUUCACACUGCGACGAGAGAUUCAGUCGGUCAGAAAUCUUGAAAACACAUGAGAGGACCCACACUGGAGAGAAACCUUACAAGUGUUCACACUGCGACAAGAGAUUCGGUCGGUCAGAAAUCUUGAAAUCACAUGAGAGGAUCCACACUGGAGAGAAACCUUACAAGUGUUCUCACUGCGACAAGAGAUUCAGUCGGUCAGCACAUCUGAAAUCACAUGAGAGGAUUCACACUGGAGAGAAACCGUAUCACUGCACUGCAUGCGGGAAGAGUUUCACUCAUUCGUUUUCUCUACGAAGUCAUAAAAUAAACAAUCACAUUAAGUAGUUCAUCUUCAGGUCCACUGCUUUAUACUGCAACAUUGGAUCUCUUCCAUAUUAAUCUGUCAUAAGAAACAUCAUCUAAAUUUAUCACAGAAGUUCAUCUUCAAGACCAGUAGUUUCAUCUGUGAGAUUCAGAUCAACUCAAAAGCCCUAUUCGUACAGUAAUUGUUUCUCAUGGGGACGUUGUCAGUCCUCUGUCGUGUGUGUCAUGUGUUCCCGCCUCUUGUCUCCAUAUUUGGUCAUGUUCCUGUCCUUGUUAGUGUGAUUAUUAGUUAAGUGUUGUCCAGCUGUGUUUUAGUAAUUAUCAGUAAUUGUCUUGUGUAUUUAGUUCCUGCCUGUUUAGUUAGUUUUCGUUUGGUCUACUCGUUAUUCCCCGGUGUUCCUGUCUGUGUUAACCUUGCCUUGUCUUGCCCUGAUGUUGUAAUUAAAGACUAUUCUUUUGAAGUUUAUCCUCGUCUCCAUGUUCCUCGUUCCUCCCUGCUGUGUGCACUGUGACAGACGUAAGGUAUUUUCACCAUUUACAGGGGGUAAUCCGAAUCCAGGAUGUCGAUGUUUGUCUCACCACACCUGUAAAAAUCCCUGGUCGAAUUUCCUACUGUUUUUUUGACCAACACCAAGGUUGUGUGAUCAUUUAAUUGCUGUCCGAAUUCACAUCUCUGAGUUUACAAGAAGAAAUCAAUUCAAAAUUCAAUGUUUAAUACCUUUUUGACAACAGCCGAACACCGUACAGUAACUGUUGCAUUUAACUGUAAUUUGCAUGCAUAUUAUUUCUGAAAGGCUGGAAAGUAUUUGAAAGAGCAAUACUUCAUAACUGCUCCACCACAGCGAGUGAGAGCAGAAAGAGAAGAAAAGCACGUAAACAUUCAAAAUGGGUCUUUAUUAUGGCAGCAGCAGGUAUACAAUACAAUACAAUUUUGAACAGGAGCAACUGUUUAUCUUAACAUCAGCUCACACACUCAAUCGACAUUCCUUUGGGGGGCGCUGUAGCUCUCUUAUUUAACCGUUUUUUAAUACACUACAAAUAUAUGUGGGAUUAUUCGCAGAAAUCAUACCAUGUGUCAUACUCGUGGGGACAGUAUGCUUGGAAAUAAUAUUUUGUGUCUUCCAUUGCAUUCGUUAUUUGUGGUGCGCCAGCCACCCAAUAGCAAUAGCUUAAGCUUUGUGCUUUUAAUAUAAAACAAAGUCUCAGCUUUCAAAAUCAGUUUUAUAAUGAAACACAAAUUAUGCAUCUUACAAUAAUGUGAUUUUCAAGAUUUUUAAUGUGGCGUGACAGAUUGCUGUAUUUAUGUGAAUCAAUUCAUUAAAUUAUUGUGAAAAUUCCACCUACUCCGCAAAAACAUCUGUGGCGUCCAAACUUUCAUUCCUCACAUAGCCUGUUUAAUUAAACAGCAAUAAAAUGUUCUAAAGGUUGAAGUGGACUCAAAUUUGUUAACAUACGUUAUAUUGUUGUCUUUUACAAUAUUUAACGUGUUCCAUUCAUUAUUUUUUGCGCGCCAGCCAACCAGUAAUCGCAACGAUUUUGUGCUUUGUUGCUUUUACACACAGCUCAGCUUUCAAAUUCUGCCAGUUUUAUAACGAAAUACAAAUUAUAAAUGUGUUUUUGCUCUUUAUUUCAACAUCAUAAGGCGUGAAAAAAACAACAGUUUAGCCUAAUUUAUAAUGAAAAUAAUGUCUCGUCGUUCGUUAUUGUAAUCGGAAAGAUGAUUGACUCACUAUCUCAAAAUAUUAUAACUAUAAUCUUUAUUCU